AUGGAUGCACAGAAUGUGGAGCGCCGGAUUCCAGGUAGCUGGAAAGACAUUCUAUGGUCCUUGCCGGCCGCCGUCUCCCGAACAUCCGGGAGUCCUAUCUGCAGUGAACAAGACAUUUUAAGCAAUAGAAAAAGGAAGUUCCAGGCUGGGGAGAUCAUUGUUUCUGGUGGUUGCUGUGACCUAGGAUACCUGAUCACAACUGCCGGGAAGAUCUGGAGUAGAGAGAACCCAGAGAACACACUAGAGCUGGUAGCCUUAAGAACAGAAGAAAAUGACCAAGGCCCAGGUUUUGUUAUCCAGAAUAGAAGAUAUGCAGGAAAAGAUUCUGAUGAAUUCAGUGGAUGUGGGAAAUCAUGUCUCCAUAUCAAGCAUGAUAAAACUCUUACUGAAAUUAAAUACCAUGGAUGUGUUAAACCCAGUAGCACUAAAUCAUGGCUCACUGACCAUCAAAACACUUAUGCAGGAAAGAAACUGCAUGAAUGCAGUGAUUGUGGGAAGGCCUUCUGCAAGAAAGAACAGCUUAUUAGACAUCAGAGAACCGAAAGAAGAGAGAAGCCUCAUGGAUGCAAUGAAUGUGGGAAAACAUUCAUGAGGAAGAUUCAGCUCACUGAACAUCAGAGAACUCACACAGGAGAGAAACCCUAUGAAUGUAUGGACUGUGAAAAAGCCUUCUCCAGAAAGUCACAGUUCAUGGUACAUCAAAGAACUCAUACAGGAGAGAAACCCUAUAGAUGUAGUGAAUGUGGAAAAGCCUUCACCUGGAAAUGCCUGCUCAAUAGACACCAGAGAUCUCAUACUGGAGAGAAACUCUGUGGGUGCAGUGUGUGCGGGAAGGCCUUUUCUCAGAAGGCUUACCUCAUCGCACAUCAGAGACUUCACACAGGAGAGAAGCCUUAUGAAUGCAGUGAAUGUGGAAGAACCUUCUAUUUUAAGUCCGACCUUACCAAACAUCAGAGAAUUCAUACAGGAGAGAAACCUUAUGAAUGUAGUGAAUGUGAGAAAGCCUUUAGAAGCAAGUCAAAGCUCAUUCAGCAUCAGCGAACUCAUACUGGAGAGAGACCAUAUUCAUGCAGUGAAUGUGGCAAAGCCUUUGCCCAGAUGUCAGUCCUCAUUAAACAUAAGAAAACUCAUACAAGAGAAAAAGUUAUACAUUCACUGAAGGUGGAGAAACCUUCCUCAGGGUGUCAUACCUCUUUAUAUAUGAGCAAAGUCAUACAAGAACAAAACCUUGUAGACAGUCCUGCAGAAACGCCUUCCUUAGGGACCCCACCCUUAUUAAACAUCAGUGAGCUUCUACGGAGUAGAAAUGUAGUGAUUGUGGAACAAUCUUUUCCAAGAAGUCAAGCCUUAGUAGAUAAUCAGGAGUUUGAACAGGGACUAAGCCUUGCAAAUGAAGUGAAUGUGACACCUUCGGUAAUAAAUUAUGUCUUAUAUGUUGCAGAUACUAUGUAAGAGAAAAUUCUCUAAUACUAGAAAAGUGGCAAAGUCUUUAGCAAGAAUCAUCCAGUCAUUGUAUGUCAGCAUACAUGCCCAUUUAGAGCAGAAACGCUAUGGAUGUAGUGGGUAUGGAGGAUGAUUCUGUGUGAAAUUAGAUUUACUAAACAUGGGUAAAAUGAUAUUGGGUAGAAAAUGCAGCUAUUAUAGGUAAGCUUUUGCCUGGAAGUGAAUCUCAAUUGGUAUCAAGAAACUGUUACAGAAAUAUUUAGGAAAGAUUGUAAUGAUGUUUUUAGUGCUAAAUUUUACCUCACGGUGUGUCAGAAAUACAGAAAGACAACUAUAGACAGUGGAUACUAAAAACAUUUUUAGUAAAAUAUAGGAGAAUUUUCUUUUCUUUUUUUUUUUUUAAGACAGAGUCUCACUAUGUUGCCCACCAUAGAGUGUCGUGAUGUCACAGCUCAUAGCAACCUCAAACUCUUGGGCUUAAGCGAUUCUGUUGCCUCAGCCUCCCAAGUAGCUGGGACUACAGGCACCCACCAAAAUGGCCGGCUAUUUUUUUUUUUUUUUUUUUUUGGUCAUUGUCAUUAUUGUUUAGCAGCCCCAGGCUGGGUUCAAACUCACCAGCCCUGGUAUAUGUGGCCAGCACCAUAACCACAGAUCUACAGGUGCUGAGUCAAAAAUAUAGGUGAAUUUAUAGAAAAGAGAAACCCCUGAAAGUGAGAAAUGAUGGAAAUUAUCCAGACUCAUUCAUGUAUCACUCAUUUAUAAAUGCAAUAUUGAACACUACUAAUUUUAUUAUGUAAUGAAAACGUAUGAGCAUAAUGAAUGUGGAAGAAUAACAAUGUUAGUUUUUUAUGGCACCUCACCAAACUACCACAAAUUUGAUGGCUUAACACAAAAAUUAUCUUGCAGUUCUGGAGAUCUGACAUCCAAACUGCAUCUCACUGAGCUAAAUUAAGCUGUUGGCAGGGCUCUAUUUCUUUUUGGAGGGUGGAGGAGAGAAUCUGUUUCUUUGCCCUAUUGCUUCUAGAAGCUGCCCAAAUUCUGUGGUUUGCGGCCUCCCUCCAUCGUCAAAGCCGGAAAUGGCCAAUCAGCUCUUUCAUCCUCUAAUACUUUGUUCUUCUGCCUCCCUCUUCCAUGUUUAAGGACCCUUCUGAUUAUAUUGGGACCACCAGAUAAACCAGGAUUAUCUUCCUAUCUUAAAAACCAGAUAAACCAAGAUUAUCUCCCUAUCUUAAAAUCAUCUGAUUAGAAACCUUAGCUCAACCUGUUGCCUUAAUUCAUCUUUGCCACAUAAUUUGACACAUUCAUGGAUUCUGGGGAUUAGGAUAUGAACAUCUUUGGGAAGCCAUUCUGCCUUUCACAACAAUGCUAGAUAUCAGAAAAUUCACACUGAUAAAUUCCCACCUAGCCGUUAAGUAAAUUUGGUAAAGUAUAUUUAUCUAUGAUAAUUACAAUGCAAAUGUUUUAACAUUUUUUAUUUUAGAAUCUUAUGCUGUGAUUUUUAUAUGUGAA